UCCGAUACCCCGCAGAGUCGCGCGUCGCGACGUCGUCUCACCCCGUUCGCACGGUCGGCAACCGCACAGAAAAAAAAACAAAAAAAUACGCAAGAGAAAAAUUUUAGCUGUUCGGCGCGCGCGGCGGUUUUUUUUUGGAUACUCUCUUCGGCGAAUUUUUUUUUGAAGUUUAGGCUUUUUUAGGACGCGCUCCCUCACCUCCGCCACCGCCCGCCACAAUUACCCGCCUCAAUCGGUCCGAACGACCCCCCGCAGGGGCAAGUUACAAUUAAUUAACGCCCCGAGGAUCGACGAUUUCCACUCUUGAUGAAUAACCCCCGGCAGAGGAACCCCUCGCCAGAGGGCUCGGGCAUUUCCACGCUGGUCAGGUGGUGAUAAAGGUCGCACAGGGGUGCCUUCGAACGAUGCACUACUACCCGAACACUGGGUACACUCACUGUCGGUCCGGUUCGGAUAGCGGCCUCCACCGGAGAGGAUCCAGGGGUUCGCACAGGGACGUGGACGUCUUCGACAGCGGCGAUUCGACCUUAUCGGAUCUAGAUGAGUCGGAGUCUGGAUCGGGAUCGGGCGUCGACGUGGACCCCAACUUGCCCUAUCCGGGGAUCGCUCCGGUGGCCCUGCGCUACCUCUCGCAGACGACCCGACCGCGGAGCUGGUGCUUGGCCCUUAUCUCCAAUCCAUAUCCUUUAUUCGAUACGUAAUUAUUUACUCUCCCCUAACGGGCAAACGGGACGUCGUCGUGGCAUACGCUAUGGGUAAGUUUUAAAAUUGAUUAGAAGUUUCGACAGGU